UGUUAAUGUCCGAUCCUUUCUUUUCUGAUCUACUUGGUGUGCCCCGCUCAAGAUAAAUACCAGCAUUUGGCUCAGAAAUUGUUGCGCAUUCUCUUGUCUUCGCUCGCUCUUCCGAGCAUCUCCAUCCCCUAGGUUUCCGCAAUGUCCGUAACAAUGAGGUCAGCUAGCCUUGUGCGCGGCAAUGCAGUUUUGCGGCCCAAUUUGAUCGCCCGGCCACGCCUUUCCGGUGCCUUGGCUGCGACCACGGCCGCAAACCUCCGAUUCAACGGCAGAGGUCUGCCAUCCCGACUGUCAGCCAUCGCGAUCCUCGUCCCCCAGCAGCGCGGUUAUGCCACAGAGCCCCCGACUUCCACAUCCUCCUCAGACUCUUUUCCCCCUCCCGGUUUUAACGCCGAACAGGCGAAGAAGCCCCUCCCCCCGGAUGCCGUGCAGCCCACCAGUGCCAAGGGCGUCCAGAAGGUCGCAUCCAACCCUGAACAAACCAUCUCGUCUCAAAUUGAUGCGCAAAACAAGGGACAGUCGGCUGAGUUGACGACGACCAAGGCCACCGAUGUAGAGGGCAAGAAGGAGAAGAAGGAGCCGAAGAAACUGACCAUCGGUCAAAAAAUCAAGAAAGAAGCCCAGCAUUACUGGGAUGGCACUAAGCUUCUGGCCACGGAAGUUAAGAUCAGCUCCAGGCUCGCGUUGAAGAUGGCUGCUGGUUACGAACUCAGCCGGAGAGAGCACCGUCAGCUCCAAAGAACCGUCAAGGAUCUGGGUCGCCUUGUGCCUUUCUCCAUGUUCGUCAUCAUUCCCUUCGCGGAGUUGCUGCUCCCCGUUGCCCUUAAGUUGUUCCCCAACAUGCUGCCUAGCACCUACGAGGGCCAGAAGGCGCGCGAGAAGAAGGCGCUGAGCCUGAGCUCGACGCGCAAGGAGGUUUCGGGAUUCCUGAAGGACACAUUGAAGGAGUCUGGUCUUCCGGUCACUGCUGCGACCGUCAAGAACGAGGAGUUUGCCGAGUUCUUCAAGAAGAUUAGAACCACGGGAGAAUCACCCACUCCUGAAGACGUGAUCAAGGUGUGCAAGAUCUUCAAGGAUGACCUGACGCUCGACAACCUGUCCCGGCCUCAGCUGGUGGGAAUCUGCAAGUACAUGAACCUCAACACUUUCGGCACGGACGCCAUGCUCCGGUACAACAUUCGCCACCGCAUGCGCCAGAUCAAGCGCGAUGACCGCGCCAUCUUCCACGAGGGUGUCGAGUCUCUGUCCGUUCCCGAACUGCAGAUGGCCAGCGCCUCCCGUGGUAUCCGCACGCACGGUGUCUCACCCGCUCGCCUGCGUGAGGACAUGUCGAUGUGGCUGGACCUGCGUCUUAAGCAGGGCGUUCCAUCCACCCUCUUGGUGUUGAGUAAUGCCUACGUGUACGCCCAGGGCGGCAAGGAAGCCGAGAUGUCGUCCCAGAUCGAAGCUCUCCAGGCCGUGUUGUCCAGCAUCCCCGAGGAGCUGUUCCACGAGAUUGAGCUCGAGGUGCACAACGCCGAGGGCGCCGCUACCAACAAGCAGCGUCUAGAGGUCAUCAAGGAGCAGCAAGAGCUGAUCGAGGAGGAGAACGAGCAGAACAGCGAGAACGAAGAGAAGGGUGUCGCGGCUCCCAAGGAUACCGAGGACAUUGACGACAAGGACGACGCAAAGUACGAGGCCAAGUACAAGACCCAGUCGGGUGAGGCCACUGAAGCCAUGCAGGAGGGCGAGAAGGCCGAGCAGGCUGCCCCGGCCAAGGAAGAGAAGAAAUGAUUUCCAUCAUUCUUCUUCCCCUUUGCGCGUUGAUGAACUGUGACAUAGAUCUCCUUUCUCCUUACCCACCCAUCCUCCCUACUUUCUCCCAUGUGUUAGUGUGUAUACGAUAGACUCCUGUUUGUUUCCUGUUCCUGCUUUAUGGAUCCCAUGGUUGGACACCGUCAUCUGUUCUCUUAUCUUAUAGCCUUUAAACCGUCUUCUUUGUGAUGUACCCAACUCAAAUAGAUACUUGGGCGGUUGAUCUGGACAAAAUAGUGGAAAUUUAAUGGAUAUCAGACAU